AUGGAUCCUUCAUCAAUUAUAACGACCCUGGGAGUUGUGGAGACAAUCAAAGAACAUUGUGGCUAUCUGUUUCACUGCGAUACCAACAUCGAGAAUCGCAGAGAUCGAAUUGAGAAUCUGCGUGCCAAGAGAGAUACGUUACUAUUACAAAAAGAAGAAGAUAAAAGGAAUGGCAAGGUAAUGGCACCUGAUGUUGAUAAUUGGUUACGAGACGCAGAAAACAUCCUUCUUAAAGAAGACAAAGCUCCGAAGAAGUGUCUGGAAAUUGAAGGGUGGGGUCCAGAUUAUUACUUGAGUAGGAAAGCUAAGAAGAAGACUCUGCAAAUUGAUAAGCUUCUAAGUGAAGCAGCCUCAUAUUUUACUCAAAUGUCCUAUUCUCGUUCUCUAACUGGAAUUGGAUCUUCAUCCAGUGAAGGUAUUAAGCAUUUUGAGUCAAGAACAAAAAUGGCGGACAAAGUUUUAGAGGCACUAGCAGAUGUCAAGGUCAACAUGGUUUUGAUAUGCGGUAUGGGGGGGAUAGGAAAAACAACAAUGGCACAGGAGGUAGAGAAAAAAGCAAGAGAUGGUGAGUUUUUUAUUGAAGUUGUGACGGCUGUGGUGUCCCGAACUCCAAACUGGACAGAGAUUCAAGCUAAAAUUGCGGGAACGCUAUGUCUGAAUUUUGAUAAUAAAGUUGGAAGAGCAAAUAAGUUAUCUUCAAGGCGAAGGAAUAGCGGUAGAGUCCUUGUAAUCCUGGAUGAUGUUUGGCAAGAACUUAAUCUAGGGGAUAUAGGAAUUCCUAAUGGAGGUGAAGUGAAUUGCUGCAAAAUCUUGUUGACAUCAAGAAGCGAAGAAGUCUUGAUAAAUAAGAAGAAAGUUCUAAAAAUUUUUAAAAUUGACGAUUUAUCUGAAGAAGAAGCAUGGAAUCUUUUCAGAGAAGUUGCAGGUGAUUGUGUUGAUACUCCCGAUAUAAAUUCCAUAGCAAAAGAGGUUGUAAAGGAAUGCGGACGUCUACCCCAAGCUAUUGUAACAGUUGGAGCAGCUCUACAAAAAAAAAGCACGGUUGAGUGGCGUGUUGCACUUGGACAACUUCAAAACUCUACCCCAGAAUGUAUUCACGGUCUAGAUCCAACAGUCUAUUCCAGCAUAGAAUUCAGUUACAGUAAUUUACAAGAUGAAGCGGUCAAGUCAUGUUUUUUGCUAUGCUGUUUGUUUCCAGAAGACUGUGAUAUUCCCAUUGAAUAUUUAGUUAGAUACGGAGCGGGAAAAGGAUUGUUUGAAAUGAUUGAUAAUGUGGCAGUAGCCAGAGAUAGAGUCCAUGCAAUAAUUAAGAAUCUUCAAAGAUCCAGUCUACUGUUGGAUAGCAAGAAAGAAGAAUGUGUCAAGAUGCAUGUUGUUAUACGGGAUGUUGCAAUAUCAAUUGCUAAAAAUGAAAAAGGUUUUCUGGUAAGAUGUACUGAUAAAAUUGAAGAGUGGCCAGAGCAAGAUACAUAUGAGCAUUCUGCAAUUUCACUAGUAUCUCAAGAAUUGAAAAAGCAUCCUGAUGGCUUGGAGUGUCCAAAACUUGAGCUUUUGCAGCUAGCAUGUGGUAAAAACUGUACAAAGACACAGACGUUCCCAUCUAAUAUGUUUAAAGAGAUGAACAAACUAAAGGUUUUGUCUGUGGAGGGUAUGUCCUUUCCAUCACUACCAGAGUCAAUCCUUGUCCUUCAAAACCUUCGGACAUUGCUUCUGGAUUAUUGUAAGAUAGAAGAUGUAUCAGAAAUAGGAGCACUUGGGAAACUAGAAAUAUUGAGCUUUCUUGGUUCUAACAUCAAGGAAUUGCCAAGAGAAAUUGGAAAUCUAAGUCAUUUAAAGUUGUUCGAUCUGUCAAAUUGCUCUGCUCUUAAAAAAAUUCCAGCUGGUCUACUAUCGAGAUUAAAUUACCUAGAAGAGUUGUACAUGUUUGGAGUCAAUAAAGAGGGAGCAAUUGCAAGCCUUGCUGAACUGAAGUCUUUGUCCAAGCGUUUCUCAGCUUUGAAAAUUCAUAUACCAAAUAUCGAGGUCUUGCCAAAAGACUUGCUCUUCAAAAACCCAGAGCUAAAAUUUCAGAUAUUCGCAGGUGAGGAGGGAAUUUAUCAGGAAUUGAGCGGAUCAGGUAGUUAUUUAUUUGAAAAUAGUUUGGCACUCGAAAGAAGUAAAGCAAGUGAUAUUGUGGAGAGUCCGGUGCUUCUUCAACUGUUAAAGAAAUCUAAAAUCUUAUAUUUGAAACAAAUAAAAGAUUUGAAAAACAUUUUGUAUGGGUUAGACCAAGAGGGUUUUCAAUGUUUGAAGAUUUUGAGAGUUAUUGCAUGUGAAGAUGUAGAAUAUGUAAUCAAUGCCACAUCACAUCAGACUUCACACGCUGCCUUCCCUAUCCUGGAGUCACUGGAAUUUUCUGAUCUGUGCAAUUUAAAAGAGAUAUUUCAUAGCCAGUUCCCAGAGAGAUCCUUUAGCAAUUCACGGCUUGCUUGUUUUGGCAACCUCAGAUCCCUUUUGCUAUCGAGAUGCAGCCGUUUGAAAAAUGUCUUUUCAUUGUCCAUAGCGAGAGGUUUGGUUCAACUCCAACAGCUAGCUAUAGAUUCGUGUGCUGACAUGGAAGAAAUUUUCCCUAAAGAAGGAGAAGAUGAGAAGGCACUUGAAGUGAUCAGGUUUCCAGAAUUAACAUCCAUAAAGCUAUUCAUUCUACCAAAACUCAUUGGUUUUUGUACAACUGUUUAUCGGAAUGGGCCUGUCCAACCAUCCUUGAAUCCGGAGGUUAGAGGCAUCAGCGAUGAUGAAGUGACUAGUCUUGAAAAGCACAAGAUGACAGACAUUCAACAACAUACUGGCUCCUUUCCUGAGUCAACAUCCAUCUGUCAUAAAUUCUUUUCAUCCAAGACCAUCUUGUGGUCAGAUCGAGGCACCACCAAGAAUUCCAAACGAAGCUCUUCAGUAAACAAAGAGGGUAAUUUGAUUAAGUUGAAGAAUCCAAGAGCUAGUGGUAUAGACAACCGCACUGAGAUAUUGUCUCUUUUUCCAUCCCAUAUGAUUGAGUCCUUAAGGAAUCUGGAAUCGAUUAAAUUGUGGAGGUGUGAUUCACUGGAAGUUAUAUUUCAACUUGAGGAACUAAAUGCUGAGGAAUCUCAUGUGGCAUCAGUACUUGAUCAGUUGAGGGAACUGGAUCUGUCUGAUUUACCAAAACUAAAGCACAUAUGGAUGAAGGGUCCAGAAAGGAUAACGGGUUUUGGAAACUUGAGAUUCUUAGCAGUAUGGACAUGUAACAGUUUGACAUAUUUGUUAUCACCAUCCAUAGCAAAACUGCUUGUGAUGUUAGAGGAUAUAAAAGUUAUUAACUGUGAAAAAAUUGAAGAAAUCCUUGAAAGAGCAAGAGAAGAAGAGGAAGAAAAGAAAAUUUCAUUCAACAAAGUGAAAUCAAUCUUGUUCAAGGACUUACCAAAGCUGAAGUAUUUUUGCAAUAAAGUCAAUGCUUUUGAGCAGCCAUCGUUGAAGGAAAGAACGGUAAUUAGAUGUCCUGCUUUAAGCACAUUUGUUCCAUCUGAUCUAAAUACACCGAAAAUUAUUAACUUCUUUCGCCAUUUUUUAUGCACUUAUCACAAUGGUCAUCGACAAUCAUAUUGA